GUCGCCAUCAGUGGCAUCUCAGCCCGGUGACAAAAAGCUGUCGACACAGUGAAGUUGGACUUGAGCUCAGCGCUUUUUUAAAUGUGUAUGGUUAUAUUUGCUCCGAUUUUUGCCAUCUGUGCCUUUGCAACAUGUGGAGGAUACCAUGGUCAUCUGCAGGUUAAAGUGGACUGUGCAGACAGGCGGCCGAGCAACCACAGCAUCAACAUUGAUUUCGGUUAUCCUUUCCGAUUACAGCAAGUGCAUUUCCAAGCUUCGCUGUGCGAGGCGAGAAGAAAGGAGGUUCUGUUCCUGGAUGGCGACUUCUCUUCAGCGGCUCAGUUUUUCGUGACGGUGGGCGUCUUUGCGUUCCUCUACUCCCUGCUGGCGACCAUCGUCUACGUGUUCUACCAGAACAAGUACCUGAGGAACAACAGAGGCCCUCUUGUGGAUUUUGUCGUCACAGUCAUCUUCUCCCUCAUGUGGCUGGUCAGCACCUGCUGUUGGGCCAAAGCUCUGUCUGAUAUCAAGACGGCCACGAACCCAACGCAGGUGCUUCUGCUCAUCUCAGCCUGCAGAGCUCAGGAAAACACAUGCACAGUGACCCAGGAGCCUCUUUGGUCACGUCUGCACACGUCUGCGGUUUUUGGUUUCGUUAACGUGGUCCUCUGGGUGGGAAAUAUUUGGUUUGUCUUCAAAGAGACAGGCUGGUACAAGACAGGUCAGAGAUACCCGACCAGGAGUGCAUCUGGGAAACGCUCCAGCCAAAUGCGACAGCGGCUCUACAGCGAGAGCAGCUUCGACCAGCCGGAGGAGAGUUUCGGUCAGUCCCAGUUCUCCCGGCAAGGCAGUCUCAAUCAGUCAAAGGGAGAGUCCGGUCCGCAGGUCCACAGACAAGCCAGCUUCAGCCAGUCACAAGUAACACUCAGCUUACCACAGACGUAUCUUAAUAAGCCGGUGAUUUAUGAGAAUAAAGUGGCUUCUCAAGGGCCCAAGAUAUUUGUCAAUGAGAUGUGAUUUUACUCUUUUAGUCUUUGGUACUGCUUCACACAGUAAACAGUAUUAUUCUCAAUCCGAUUAUCAACGGAAUGAAAAAUGAAAACACAGACGGUGUUAUGUAGUAUGUAAGUAGUAUGUAAUAUAUUUUCCUUUUUUCUUCUUCUUCUGGAUGAAUUGAUGGAGUUUGUGGCUCCUGAUCAUUGAAGUUGUGUGACAGUGUGAGAUGAUCAUUACUUUAGGCUCUGAGACUAUUAUAUGUAUUCGGAAACAUUGUAAUAACUGUACAAGUCUGUGUGAUAAGUUCAUAUAAUAUUUGGUUAGUUAGCACCCUGUGUGCUGCGUGUUAUUUCAGCAUGGGUUUGCAAUCAUUAGGCAUUAUUUGUCAGCCAAUAAGGAAAUUAAUUCCAAGGAUAAAAAUCAUUAUCGGUCAGUAUACAAUAUGAAGUAGCGGUCAACAGAUGUAAUAUUUAAACUGGCACAAUGUUAAAUGUAAUUUACAUUAUCCUGACAAAUAACUACACUAUACUUUGUUUUGUUUUGAAUGACCUCAACUAACUGAACAUGUGUGUUCAAUAAGAUUUAGUUUGACAGAAGCAGCCGGAAUUUAUUAUAUUUAUAUUCAACUACCAACUGAAGCUCUGCCUAUUACUGCAUUACAUGUUCUGCAUAUUUUAAGAUUAUAUUUAAGUAUAUUAAAGUAUAUUGUAAUGCAUAUUGUUGUCACAGUGCCGUGGUAGUACUUGGUCUACAGGUUGUGCUUCAAUGGCUUUUAUUUAUUGAUAACAUAUUUCUCUCUUUAACCCCAGAUUAUCAUUAGACUUAAAUACAAAUAAAAACAGUGACCUAUUUGCUGUAACAGGAUUUUAGGUCUCAGGCCUGGAGAUAUUGAUCUGAUUUCACUUUAAUUCGUCUUUUUUCUCUUUGGCAAAAGGUAUUCAUGAAGAAUUAGUACAUAUCUUGGUCUAUACUCUGUGUUUGUUGGUAAACUAUGUGCAGUGUAAGAACAGGAAUCUACCUAAUGAAUGUGCUUGGGCUUUCUCUAUAAAUAUUUAAUGUUUGAUUGUAUCUUUUAUUCACACUUGAUUACACUUAUACGAGCUAAAAUGCAUCAUUUGGAUGUGGAAAUUAUUCAAAGGCUCUUGUUGCUUAUACAUAAUCUCACUCUGACACCCUCAUUGUCACUGUAUUGAUCAUUAAAGCUAUGAUUUCA